AUGAAGUUCUCUGCUCUUGCUCUCUUGUUUGCCUCGGCCAUCCCUGCCAAUGCAAGGCCUCCUCCUCAGUGUCAUUCUAUGCACUGGUUUGACAUUGGAUCUCGUGUCAACCCUAGUUGGGCGGAAUCUGCUUACUACUGUAGAGGUCAAGGCCUACGAACCUGUACCUACAGUGAGCUUUGCCCAGGUGGUCAGUACAGCACCCCUCAUGAGUACCCUGGACCGCAAGGCAGUAGUCCGGAGCAAUGGGUAGCUAUUGAUGACGGUAGUAGAUGCCAAUACAAUGCUUGGGUUCAACUGGGUGACCAUCCUUACACUUUUCUUAGCCAGGAUGAAUCAUGCUUUAGGCAUGACGAUGACUUUGGCAAUGGCAAUACGGACUGCGCCCCGUGGGGGCCGAUCCCAGGCAGCUGGCAAGGGGGUGCUGUAGUUGACAUUUAUCGUUAUCAUGUUUGCUGCAGAAGUGAGACAUGCCAUGGAACUGCUGGAGGCGUUGGUGAUCCCCACUUCAAGACAUUGAACGGCACCUGGUUUGAUUUCCAUGGUAUCUGUGACCUUGUGCUUGUGGAAGAUGAGAACUUUGCUGAUGGACUUGGUUUGACCAUCCACAUUCGCACCAAGGCACGUUAUGAGUACUCCUUUAUUGAGACUGCUGCCAUCAAGAUUGGUGAUUCUACUCUGGAGGUCUCUAGCUUUGGAGAGUAUUCACUGGAUGGGAUUGCUCAUGCAGACAUGCCUGCUGAGAUGGCUGGACAGUUUUUGGUUUUCCACGAGGAAAAGAGUUUCAAAGAGCACGUCUUUACCAUCAAGACUGGUGAAACUGAGGCUAUCAAGGUUACCACCUUCAAGGACAUGGUUUCUGUGACUGUGGAGAAUGCCACUGAUGCCAACUUUGGAAGCAGUGUUGGUUUGAUUGGCAAGCUUGAUGGCACCUUGGUUGGAAGGGAUGGAAGUACAGUCUUCCAGGUUGAGGAUCACGACUUGUUUGGCCAGGAAUGGCAAGUCCUCCCCAGUGAACCCCAGCUCUUCCAAACUCCUUCCCAGUUCACUGGCAAAACCUGUGUCCCCCCGGUUGCCACCAAGGGCCGUCGUUUGGAGGAGACCAUCUCUAUGGAGGCUGCCAAGAUUGCCUGUGCUCACCACAAGGAUGAAGAAAUGAAAGACAUGUGCAUCUUUGAUGUGAUUGCCAUGGGUGACUUGGAGGUUGCCAAUGUCCAUGGAGCUUUUUAA